UUCUGCAGAGAAAGAAGAGAAAAAGUUGGCAGCAUGUCUUCGUUCAACAGCUUGCUUAUUUUUAUUAUUACACUUUUUAAAGUGUUGCUUUACCAACCCUUCGCACGAUGCAGUUCAAGUUAUCCACACUUAGGUGAGUUUUUACACCAGGUAAUUUUACAUUCACGCGUGACUAUAGAAGACGGCGGGCAGUGUUUCGUUUUCCCUGAAUGGCAAGCGCAUUUUGAGACGUAUAAAAAUUUCAGUGUCAAAGUUAUCUUUCAAAAUGAACAUGAACGAUAAAGUAUAUCCUAUUUAGUUUAGACUGUAUAAUUAUGGCAUAUACACAAGAGAAAACAAAAUUUUACUUUCCUGGCCUUAAGGUAUAUUUUGCAGAUAUUUUUUACUGAUUUAUCGUGGCAGCCUAAAAGCUUAAAAGCCUUGCUUCAGUUUUCAAGCAUUUAAAGGGAACUCUUCAAAUAAAGCUGAAAUUAGCAUUUUGCCGUGUAUGCACUUGCCAAAGCUAUUUAAAAUGCACUCUCUUACCUCUGUAAUUUUUCCGAUAAAAACGUCGAAGGAGUUUCUCUCAGGAUCCAAUGUGUUUUACGUGUAUGACUUUUUCCUUCGUUUCGUCUGUGUAUUUUUUUUAGAAAAUCAGGGAGUGUUUUUUUUACAUGACCCAAAAUUUGUUAUAGUUUCUGUUUUUUCCUCAUCCUUAAAGAUAUUACCUACAAUUAUUAUUUAUCACGAUUGUUUUCACUGUUAUUUCUAUUGUGGUAGUAAUACUCACUUAUGAAGAGGGAAACUUAAAAAAAUAAUUUUGGCAGAGAAGGUUGAUUCAAUGGCUAUAAGGAAGACGAUAAAGAUAUUUUUAUUUCUUAUCCCUUUCCUCCAGUCGUAAACCAACUAUAAUCUUGACUUCUGAUUUUUUUUUCGGAAAAAAUAUAGCCAUAGUACAGUCGAGAGUCUUUUAAGCAUGUUAAGAAUCAUAAUGAGCCAAUUGGUAGUACUUCAUUAAAGAUCGCGCUGCCAUUACGACGCGACAAUUUUUUUGACUUGUUUUUUGACAUGGUUUCCACCAUUUUGUUUAAACUUUGAUUGGUCUGAUAAAUGCAGGACCAAUCAAAAGCGAAAUCGUGUUUUUGAAACUUUUAAGUUUAAGUUAAGUUAAGUUAAGUUUAAACAGCACCUUAAAAGGUGCUGUUUAAACACCAACUGCAUGAUUCUGCCUUACAAACAUUUUUCACUUUCGUUGGGAAUAUGUGGAACUCGGCUUCUUAUCCCUCAAAAUUGGAUAAAACAGGUAAAAAAAUUACUGACGUUGAAAACUACGACGAGUAGGGACGUUGCACGAUCUUCCUUUAUUUCGAAUAAACAUAAAUCAGUUUACAUCAGCUUGUUUAAAGUGGGUCUAAUUUCGUUAUGAUUUGCGUUGUGUCAAGUGCUAGACUGCGAUUUUGACGACUCUACGUUUUGCCAAUGGGCUAAUGAAAACUCUGGAAAAUCGAAGUUUAACUGGACUUUAAAGUCAGGGCAAACACCAAGCUGGGGAACAGGGCCUAUUUCUGAUGUUUCAGGUAUUAACUCUUUAUUUUAUAUGGACUCCUUAGUCGCACCUAACGUUUAUUUGAAUUUUCAGGUGCUGUCAGUGUAUUUAAGAUAGUUUUUUUAAACAGUGUCUAAUUUCAUUGGACUAUAGUAAUUAAGAACCAUUUUCUACAGCAAAAUUUAACAACAAAGCGUGCAGCUUUUACUAUUAUGUUGAAAGAAAUAAAACCAAAUCACCAUACCUUUCACUACCGUAACUUAAAAGCAACCCGUCAGUGUUUUCCUGGGCGCCACGCAGCUGAUCUUUACAAGGUCUCACAGGAUUGAUGACUCUAAUGAGUGACAAUGCCUCUAUCCCUAAAACAAUGGAGCUACGUGUUAUGGAGAACCAAUGAAAUUAGAGGUUUUUAGGAGCUGUACUUUACUCUCUCAUGAUUUCAGUUCGCUUGCACACUUUAAAAAUCAAGAACUGUUGUAUUGCGAUUCCUUGGUAUUCUAAAAAAUAACUAAGCGCAAUUGAUUUGAAGAAAACGAAAGUGCUAACUAAGUUUUCUUUCUUUUUUAUUUGAAAUCUAUAGGAAAUGGAAAGUACGCAUAUCUUGAAGCAUCGUUUCCGCGGCAACAUGGUGACAGCGUUAGGCUUUUAAGUCCUGUAAUGCAAGGUGCAAAGUGUAUGUCAUUCAUGUAUCAUAUGUAUGGAAGUUCCAUGGGAAGCUUGAUAAUCUACAUGAAAACAAACGGCAAUGAAACGGUGGAAUGGAUUAAAACAGGCAAUCACCCCAAUCAAUGGCUCGAAGCUGUUAUAUUCCUCAAUUCUUCGGCUCCCUUUCAGGUAAUCCAUCUGACUGAAGAAGCAACAAAGCGGACUUUAACGUAAUGAUGAUUUGUCUUCUCUUCUAUUGUAACUUUAAGGGUUUACCUUUUAUAGAUUGUAGUGGAAGGAGUAACGGGCAUUUCCUAUUCAAGUGACGUAGCCAUAGAUAACAUCGCAUUCAGAAAUGGUUCCUGUGAACGACUUGGUAUGGACAUCAGAAUUUUUCACUGCAUUCUUGAAAUAGUACUUAAAGAAACUCAUAAAAGUCAUUUUAAACGGGAUUUGUGACAUUUCCCCUUUUUUCAGUUACCCGGUCGUUGUAUGCCUUCAUAAAAGAAGAUGCUACAGACUUCAAAUUCGACAGAAUUCCAGCUCACAGUGGAUGGGUCUAUCAGUUUACAGUGCAUGCUCUUCAAACAAGAAACAUUUCAACCGAUGUGAUGUACUUUGUGUACCCAGCAAACACUGUCCAUUGUGCAAAAAGCGUCACCCAAGAGCUUUCAUUAGACGACCUUAGUUGCUUCCCUCGAGACUUCUUCUUUUCCUCUAGGACAUUUCAACCACAUUACAAAAAGUUGUUGCUUCUGAACCGAGGAGAAAAACUACCUCACGGGAUUGCCUUGGAGGAAUAUGACAACUGCUGUAGUCAAACAGUUAUUGGGCACUUCUUUGCAAAUGUGUCAUUAGACCGUAAGUUCAUAAGUCGUUUUAAACCAAGUUGUUUAUCAACUAUAACACCCACUUGUUCUGUUUCAUGGCGUUCGUAAGUUUUCUAUUAAUUGUGAGCUUUAUAUCGAUUGGCAGGUGGUAACGAGAUGUCUGGCUAUGUUCAAAAUGAGGAAAUAAUACACAACUAUCCCCCGAAGGGGAGGUGAAUAGCGGGGUGUGGGUAUACAGUCAACUCUCUCUUAACAGACACCUCUAUUACUCCCCUUAUUUGACUCUCUAUAAGACGGACUUCUCUCUUAGACGAACACAUAGUACUGUUCCCAAAGGUGUCCGUCUUAGGAAGAGUUGACUGUAUACCGAAACGCGAAGCGUCUAGGUAUAUAUCCAGCGCUGUUCACCGACCCUGAGGGGGAAAGUUGUUUUUAAUUAGAAUCGCAUAAUUAAGUAAAAUCUCGCAUUCUGAUUGGUUAACGAAGCGAGGUAUUUAGUGUGGAAUUGCGAGUUGAAAACGAGGCUAAGCGAUAUUGUUUCGCAUCUACGUAACAACUAUCGUCAAAUUCUAACACAACAACAUGCAAAAAGGGUUUUCUACAAUGUCAUUUUAAAAUGUUUUCAAAACCAUUCAUUGUCACUUUUUGAAGAGUUAAAAACAAACAAAAGCGUUUUUUAAAGUGAGCCGGAGGUUCUUCCUUGUUUUGAACUGAACUACAGAUUCUCUUUCACUCGCGACAACCAGAAAACAAGAAAAUCCUGUGAACACGGCCCAGAAAAUGGCAAUCCAAAGUUCAACCAAACAAAACGGAGAAGCGACAACGGAGGAAGUGCCGGGGUCGAUUGUCCCAUAUACAGAAGAAGAAAUAAAUACCUUCAAAGAGGACAUGGCCCCUGAAAACACGAAAAAGAGUACGCCGCUUGCAAUCGUCCUGAAUCGUGGUACUUAGAAAAGUACAAAACAGAGCUGAACUUGAACAGCAUUUCUAAAACAUUUCAAGGUACUUACCUUAUGUCAAUCGCGACGUUAAACAUGUUAAACUUUCAGUGCUUUCGCUUGCACACUUGAUUUCUUUCAGUUUUGCCGCCGAAGAGGUAAAAGGUGUAAAUUAUUUUCCUUCUCGAGCAAAUGACCAAUUUGAAAAAAGACGUUCUACAUAAACCGGGCUUCUAAAUUCAGUAAAAUACCUCUAUUUAUCCUUAAGAUUAGUGUGAAGCUUGUUUACAUGUAAAAAUGUUUGAAAACAAAUGUGAAAACAAGCACAAGGUACAAAAAAAGUUGUCGAAGGUUCAAACGUGUACUACUGACCUUGCUUCCUAUUCGCUAACGCAAUGACAGUUCUGACUGUUGACUUUGAAAUGGCUUUCUGGAGCGCGCGCUCAGGAUAAAAACAAAGAAUAUUAUUGCUGUUUUCUUUUUUUUUCUUCUGAUUUUUAUUCAAUUAUGCGAUUCAAGGAAAAUUCAUUACCUGACUCGAGAAUUCCACGCUAAAUUGCACUUGAAAACCGAUAUCGGUUUUCGCGUGCAAUUUAACGUGGAAUUCCCUCGUCAGGUAAUGAAUUUUCCUAUAGUACCUACCAAAUCACUUGGAUAAAAAUGAAAAAAAGUAACUUUUUGCAAAUUAGAAACGUCACUUAGUAGUAACUUUAUUUACAAUUUAGAAACAUUUAGGGGAUUUUAUCAAGUGCAUUUGUUGCAAAUUCAGCAUGACAAUAAUUUUCUACCUACCAGUAAACACCAAGAAGCCAAAGUUCGUCGCUUUCUUGGUAAGCUCCCUUGGUAUUUGUUGGUACGACUGCGCUUCAUUUAUCGCUCAAAUGUCGUCUUUCGAAAAUGUCUUGAAACAAGGAGCCAUCUUGGCUCCGGUCGCAAAACAGUGAAUAGCCGAGGAUAUUCUGAGUUACGGGAGACAAUCGAAACGCACGAAAAUUGCUAUUCUCUGAUUCGGUAAAUACUAAGAGUUAUUAUUGAAACAAAAUCUGAAGUUUUUGUCUUUUGAUCUGAAACUAGAGUAUUCAUUGCUGUUUUUUUUUGCAUCCACAGAACAAAAUGCAUGCCCACCUGGCUGGCGUAAUUUGGGUGAAUCAUGUUUAAGAGUGCAAAUAAAACCAAAGGAAACCUGGAAAGACGCCAGGUUUGAGUGUCAUAACCGUGGAGGAGGACUCGCUGUACUUGAAAAUGUCGUCAAACCGCAAACACUGUCUAGUCUUUCUAGAUUCAUGGACGAAUAUUUGGAGGAACAAGUAUACUUUUUUGUUGGUGCUUAUGCUAUCAGUGACGGGCGCUGGAUUACCGCCCGAAAACAACUGUUUCCAGCUCAGUCGUUAUUAUGGGGACCCUCGGAACCGUCAGGUGAUGGCUGGUGCACCGACCUGAUUUUUGGAGAAAAAUGGAACUCUAACUGGAAAGGAAAAGGCUGGAGAAUUAACGACGAAAACUGCUUGUCAAAAGAAGGAUUUGUCUGCCAGAAACCAAAGACCACCGCAGGUAAUAACACCAAAAAUGACCAGACAAAUUUAGUUUAUAUACGACUGAUUUAAGUGUAGUUUUCAACUAGCAUUAUAUCAGGAGAGUGGGAUUAUGAACCUCGAUAACCUCGAUAUAGCGAAUCUCUAUAUAGCGAACUUGUCGAUAUAAUGAACGAUUUCCUUUACCCCAGUAACAGUAAAAUAUACGAAAAACGAACCUUGAUAUGACGAAACCUCGUUACAUAACACAUUUUGUCAGUCCGUUGGCCCUUCGUUAUAUCGAGGUUCCAUUGUAGUAAAAUUGAUUAAUACUUAUUCCUUAUAGGUACUAUAAAAAUAGGUACAUAACAUGGAUGGUUGGCGCGAUUUGCGAAAAGGAAUGCAGCCUCUAGAGUUGAAAAAAGGCCAAACAAGAGGAUUAAGUACGUCCAGUAACCCUGAAAGUCACACCAACAAACAGAUAGGAAAGUGAGAAGAAGGAAGGACGAGGAGAAAUUAAAGAGGAGCCAUAGAAAAAAAGCAAUAGUUGCACUCACAGGGUGGAUUCAUUUGCUACAUACGCGUAUAGCUGCCGCAUUUGCCCUCUGCAGUUUUUUAUUGUUUAUUAGGCUUAAAAGUAAUAAACAAUUCCAGAAGGCAAAUGCGAAAGCUCAACGCGUAUGUUGGUUUUUAUAUAGCUACCUUUAAUGUCUUUAAGCGAACUGCCUGGCGGAAGUGGUCUAUUUAGCGGAAAUAUUUUUAAAAAAUCCAGCUAGACAUAGCGUCUGUAAAGUGGAUGGAUUGUCUUUAGCUAAAGAUUUACUCAUUGUAAACGAUUACCUUUCGUAAUUGGUUUGACAGGAUCUACGUGUAAUUCCGGUUGGUUUGAGGUGGAUGACUUAUGUUUUGGAGUGUUUGCGGGGAAUUCCUUUGCUAGAGAAUGGAACAAGGCUCGUCAGGUGUGCUUAAAAUUGGGAGGUGAACUAGCCGUGGUUAAAACUGAAAUUGAAAGAAAAAUCAUUGGUGACCAUCUCACUAACAUAGCCAAAAGGUACCCAGGUGACAACAUCAAGGUAUUUCUUGGUAUUCGUAAGUUUGGCACAUGGCAUUGGUUAGACGGCAACAAUAUUUCAACUAGCAUUUGGCAUUCCGGGUAUCCCGAUGUUUUGUGGAGCGGAGAGUGUGGCGUUCUAGCAAAGCUCUCACCUGGAUGGAAGCUUGCCCAGGAGUCUUGUCUGUAUACAUUCGGAUUCAUUUGUGAAACAGAUGAACGUAAGUCCGUCGUUAUUAUGAUAAAUUGAUUCCAGCUUCUUUCUUGAUUAAGUUUGUUUUAGAUCCAUAGAAGAUCACUACACAAAUAUUGGAAACCAUCCUCGAAGACGGUCCUCUCAUUUUGAUUGUUCUAUUGUUUGAUAAUGCUUAGGAAGAUUUUUGGUCGGUUGGCAAUCCAUCGAUUCAUCCUGCCAUGUCAACAGCAGGGGUAAACCGUUCCAUGCCCUUGAUGGUAACAUUGCGUCUUGUUUCACUGUUAAAGGGCAAAAGGUAAGUGCUUUGCAGUAACAAUCCAUUUCAGUUGUACCCCGCUUAGUUUAUGAGAUGCCGAUCAUCAACUAGCUUUGCUAGUAGUUAAAUUCUCUUAAUGUGGUAUUGACUAUGUAAUCAGUUAGAACCUUCACGGAAGGGAACGUAUUCAACUAAAAACGUAAUGUUGUCCCCUUAUGGGGCUUUUCAGGGACAAUGAAACAGAUUAUUCAAAUGGAACAUAACGUUAAGAAUUCCAGCUGCUAGGGGGCAAACCACCCGGUAAUUAGUUAUCAUCAAGGUGCCCGUGGAUUUGAGCCAGCUACUACCAUGAACAAACACAGUUAGCGGUCUGUUCUGGACUUGAACCCGGAACCUUCGGAUUGCCAGUCCAGUGAUUCAUCUUCUGGGCCAUGUUGCCUCCUAUAUACUGACUUAACUUGUCAAUUCAAAUUUCAUUUUUCUUUUACUUAAGAUAAUAUAUGGUAUCCAGUUUGAAAGACUGACAGAAGAAGAAAUGUUAUGCCAAGAUCAGAAAAAAUAUAAAACAACAAGAAAUACUUUACUGUUUUGUUGAAACUUUCUUUCAAAACCACAGGAUCAGCCAGCCUGGUGGAGUGUAACUCUACAAAGACGAGCAUUUGUCAGCAAAAUCUGGAUCGUUAACAGGCUGGGGUGCUGCCUUGCAGAAAUGCCCAAAAAUAAUGUCAUUUUAAGGAACAGUGUGGAAACCGAAAAAGCAAACUGUAAAGUUUACUCCUGGAAGGACAGACAAAAAACACUGAUGAUCUGUGAACCGUUGAUUUCUGCUUCGAAUUUAACUAUUAAAAAGGAUGGUGUAGGCGAUUUACGGAUAUGUGAGGUGAUGAUAACGGCAAUAGGUGAGAAAUGUAAACGUUUUUUGUUUCAUGUACAUUGGUUUUUGAAUCGUAAUUAAUUGGUAAAGAUAAUUGUAUACCAUCCACCAAAUUCAAAACUAAGAAAAGAAAAAUUAUUGUAAAAUACCUCCAAAUUUGUCACGGUGAUCGUUUGGACGCGCUGGCACCCAUGCUGUACAUCAGAAACGAAGUCUUGAUGUUGACUUUAAAGUGCGCAAGACAAGUAAUGUUAAGCCUGAUGUGAAGAAAUAAUGAUGCACAUACAAAAAUAUGCGAAUCGUUUCAUAAACAUUGGUUGUAAGAAGCACUUCUUUGUUUCGCUUGGUAUUGACAAAUAUAUUCGACCGUUAUAAAAUACACAGAAAGCGAAGACAGUCUUCACGGCGUUCUUCAAGAGCUUUGGUACAAUAUUCGUUCUGGUACGAUAACCAGUCUGCGAGCUGAUAGCAGAUUUCCAAGCAAUCCAGAUGUUGUGAACAUUCUCCAACAGUUUGACGCUCCCUUCAAUUUCCAUACAGAUUACGGACAACGACUGACAGCGUAUUUGCAGGUAAAUAGUUCCUAUAUUAUUAUUUUUUCUUUAUUAUUGUUUUCAUUUAAUGUUGUAAGUAAGAAUGGGUACGGGUACAAAAUAAGUUGCAGACCUUUGACCAAGUAUUCUCUUUGAAGGAUUGGACGGAUUAUCUUUAAUGUUCUGUUUCGGUUUUUUCUUUCUGGGCGUAAGUACUUGGUGUUCUCUAUCACUUUCUAUACGUACACCCAAAUGUCCCUAUUCCUAAAUACUGAAGUUUUUCUGUAGAAAGCAAUUCUUUUGAACAUCCCUUGUGCAUUCAGUGACAGGAACUAACCCGUGCCUGGCAAGUCAAUCAUUUUGUUUUUUCCCUUUUUUGUCUCGCGUAAGGUUCCCGAAAGCGGCAAUUAUUCCUUCUUCGUCGCUUGUGAUGACACUUGCGAGCUUUGGUUACACACAGAGAGCGAAGAACACGUUGAAAAAAUAAAGGACGAUGAGUCAUCUGGCAAGCUACGUUUAAUAAAACUGGACUAUUGGACAGCCCACAAUCAAUGGGAUAAGUAAGACUACCUUGUUAUUCGAUGAAAUGGUUAUGUUAUCUGGAAAACUAAACAGCGCUUCAUCAUAUUUUUUACCUAGUUUUUAAUCUUCCCUUUAUCUACACAGAGUGCAAUCUGUACAUGCAUUGUGUAGUAGUUUUUAUUUACUGAGGGUAGGAAAAAAUUACUUUGAUUGCAGCUGAAUUCAAAGGAGUCAAAAAUGUUUUUUUUUUUCCAUUUUUUACAAGUUAAAAAUCAUAAGCCGCAGGACAGACCAGACUCAAAAUUUUAUUUGCUUUGCAUUAACGUAACACACCUUUUUUACAGUUGAUUUUGGGUCUGUAGGCCCAAUGAUGCUUCGUAGAUAUUCUUAAACCAUUAGCAUGUCAUGAGAAUGAACCAGCGCAUAAUGUCGUUUUAUGUAUGCAAGCAUGUUUUUAAUUAUUUGUCUAAUUUUUUGUUGGUCACAUAAUCAUCCAAACUCUUUAUGUGUACGUUUCUUUAGAUUUCCCUCUCAGCAGACAUCCCAAGAGAUCUGGUUGAGUAAAUGCAAAUUGUACUCUUUGGAGUUAUUAAUGAAGCAAUCUGGAGUAAGUGAUUGUGCAUCCGUAGGAAUGAAGCUACCAAAUGGGACAUAUAAAAGCCCAAUAACUGAGGAUCACUUAUUUUGGGUGCGGCCAGGUAAAUAUUUUUAUGCAGUUGAUACUAGUGAACGGGGACACCUUUAGAAACCGGAAAUUGUCCGUGUAUGUGCAUGUUUGCCCACGGAUUGUUUCUUUUAAGCUUUGGUCUCUAACUUUAACUGUUUUGUUUUUGCUUUUUGAUUUGGCUUGUUUGACGGAAACUUGCUCAUUCGAGUGCGGUUUGAACGAUCUCUUUCUCCUACUCAAGUAAGCUGUCAAAGCUGUUUAUGGCCGUCAAAAUAGAUCAUGACAAGUUGUAAGUGAAGGGAAGUGAAUGGUGAAUGGUGAAUGCGGUUCACGAGUGAGAAGGGAGUAAGCAACUCUAGUAAUCCAUGACGAUUCCAAAUAUGGUGCUCGGAUAAAUAGUUGUCUGCAAUUCUAGACUAAUAUACUUUGAAAACAUCGAUACUCCUUCUAGCAGUUUACGAAGGAUUAGCGAUCUGUUUUAUUUUUAUACAAUUUGCAUUUACACAGGUGUUGGAUACAUAGACUUUCAAAUAACGUCUAUUCCUAAAAAGGUCACACUCAAGGCUGGUCAAAAACUUCUUAUUCAAGGUAUUUUUAGAUUCACUUAACGGUAAUUACUCGUAUGUGAAAGUUAUAAGUGGUGUUAAUGGUGGAAAACCAUUAAGGCUAAUUUGGACAGAACAGUUACUGUACAGCGUUUUCAAUCACGUGACCAGCAUCUAUGCAAAUUUAUUGGAACAAAAUAAAGUGUUUACAUAAGAAAAAAGUUCAGCUCCCAGAGGACUGGUAUGGAACACCAAUAUGGCCACCUUGACGUCAUGUGAAAACGCUCUAUAUCUCUAAUUGCUGUAAAUUAAUUAAGUAUGAAGUGACGUUUUGUAGUGAAAAGUUCGGAAUAAUACGUCCGCGUGUACAGAUAAACCUGUUUACACUUUCGAGUCAUUUUCUCUUCUUUUAACCAUAUAGCCAAUUACAAAUAUUGCUGCCGUGGAUUGUACUGUCCCGGAUGUCCAAAUCGCUUAUAUUUGAGAUUUGGUGAGCAAAGGAUUUUGGUUCAUAAUGACUUACCAAUGGAUUGUCAAGAGCGCCAUUUCAACACUAGUCUCGACACCUUUCAACAGGAAGGGACAUACCAAAUUAAUGUAAGCAGUUUGAAUUUCUUGUAUUUACUUUGUAGUUAAAUGAUUAGGUUUAACCUAGCAUUCGCCUUAAUCACUGUGUAUCGACGUGUGUUAGGUAUCUUAUGGCCUGGUCGAUACUUUGUCGUAUACAACCGAGGUUUCAAGGGAAAUUAAGGAAGUUUAUAUCUCAGGUAUGACAAUCCUGUCUGGAUGUUAAAAAAUAAUUCUUGUUUGUCUCAAGUGUUUUUUAUCCGGUACAUGUUUCCACUUCUAUUCUUUCCAUUAGCUAUCCUAGUUGAAGGUUGUAGCUUCAUAUCUGACCUUUGUUCUUGGAAAAGUAAAAAUAAUGGCUGGACACUUUCAUCGUCUGACAAAGGUUUGUAUUGUUGACUCUGUAAUAUCCAUGUACAUAAAUAAACCUUUGGUAUCCACCUCAAUACAAUGUAAUGGCACCUGAAUGCAGCCCCAACAAUCGAAGGUGGCUUACAGACGAAUACGUGAGCACUCAACUAUCUAUGAUUUAAAAGGUGCAUAUUACUUUGGAAUCUGUGGGAGUAAACUAUUAUUAUGCACGGUGUGAACAAUUUAAAAAUAUUUUCUAUGCAUAUCGAGUCAGAUGGUACCAUUUUGCGAAUACUACUUUGAGCAGCUUAGUUGGUGACUGCGAAAGAAAAAAACUAAUUUUGACGCUACAGAGUUGUUCCCUUACACUGCUACGCAAUGAUAGGAAGAGCCGACAGCUAACGCUUGGCUGCCAGAGGCCUUGUUGCAAGCCUUGUUUCGGAAAAAAUGUGUUUUUUAUGGGUACUCUUUGAACUUUAUAAUAAAGGCAUUGGGAUUUAAUUGAUGUCCUAUUUUUCUAUUUUUAUUCAGGAAUUCUGGCCCGUUUCGACGGCAAAGUUGCUGUUCUAGAGAGCCCGUGGGUUUCGAAAAAUAUUAUUUACGAAAAAACUGGAUUAUGCCUGUCCUUCUCUUAUCUUCUUUCGGCUUAUUCUGGAUCAUCAAUAAGUUUUGUACUGCUGACAUCAUCAAAUGUCUCUUUGUGGAGUCUCCAUGGUUACCAGGGCCAAACCUGGCUGACAGGCCAAGUGUCAUUUAUAGCACGUGAUGAUUUUAAGGUAUUAUGUAGCAUAAUCAAGGUUUUCGUGCUCUCGUACUGAGGAUUGAUUCAAUAAAUCAUUUCUUUUUUUGUAGGUUCUUGUUGUUGCUAUCCGAAAACAGCCGUCUGGGAUUAAUUCCGUGGCAAUUAAAAACAUUAGUAUUGAUACAAAACAGUGUGAGAGACUACCGCUUCAUAGUGUACCAGGUAAGUACUCUUUCUUAAUAGUCUUCACUUUGUCCAUAACUGGGAUUGUUAGAACCAUCUUGGUACGUUCAGCUGUUCGGCGACGUAAAGUCUGCACUAAUAUGAAAACAUGAGUGAUUAAAAUAAAAAUAAUAAUAGUAGUGGUAGAAUUGUUACCCCGAGAAGCUAUACGAACUAUGCUAACUGUCGUCAUUUUUUUCAGGAUUCGUGUGCAAGAGCAAAAGUGGUUUUCAGUGCGACAAUGGUCAAUGCGUAAGCAAAGAUCUAGUAUGCGAUGGAGAUAUUGCUUGCAUGGACAGCUCUGACGAGAAGAACUGUAAAUGCUUAGCAAGUGAUUUUGUUUGUCCCACUGGGGAAUGUCUUGAUGUAGAGAACCUAUGUGACUCGAGAAAGGACUGUAAGGACGGAACAGACGAGGCAAGAUGCGGUAAGCAAUAGAUUCAAAAAAGUUCAUUUAUUUGCUGCAAUAUUUGUUACUUUAGGGUCUCAUUAAUAUAUAGGGCAAAGCUGCUCAGAAGAUGCUUUUUCUUGCGCUGGAGGUGGUUGCGUACCGUGGUCUCUCACGUGCGAUGGAGAAAAGAACUGUGAAGACGAAACGGAUGAGCCACCUAUAUGUGGUAAUUUUGCAAUUGUUAUUUUGCUAUUAUUUUUUUAAAGGUAACCAGGGAUUUGUCUUUCAGCCUAAUAUAAUUCAGGUAGUAAACAUUUGAUCAGCGAUACAUAAACUUGGUGUGGAUGUUUCAGGGGGGAAUUCAGGAUUUUUCCUAGGAGAGGGUGACCACAAAGGAACUACCAUAAUCACUACCAUUUUUACGGCAUUUAAGACAAAUUCUUCAGUCUCGUCUCAUCUUUAACUUCCACACCGAUAAACCACAAAGUUUUUUUUUUUGCAGAAUGCCAGUUGUACUAGAAACCCAUGGGUCAUCUCACUCCCUGGACCCUCCUUCCCCUAGAUCGGCCCCUGUGUUUACACGUUUGAAUCUGUUGCGUUACAAGUUAGCGGUACAUUUUUUUCAUAUCUUAGUAAAUAAGCCCGUUUCUUAUAUAUUUACGACUAUGUACAGAUUAGUACCGGGUAAAUUCCUUGGCUAACCUCAAAAUGAAAACUACUGCCUAUAUGCUGAGUUUGAAGUGGAAUAGAGAAGACUCUAUGUAAUAAUCAAGUAAUUAAUUCAUUUGACAGGUUUCUUACUUCUUCAGGGUCUUCGCACUGUCCGUUGGUUAAUCUGAGUUGUGAUUGGUCUAACUAUACGGAUUCGUUAAAUUCGUACCCGUGUGUUGGAAACAAAGGUAAAGGUAUUGAAAUACGACUGUUGUCCCGUAGUUGUUGAUGUUAGGUAAUGUGAACGACGUUAUUCCUGUGAAAGUGAAACAGUGGCUUAAAUAAUAAUGUCUAUCAGUAAAAGGCAAAUGCAAAAGCUGAUUAGUUUCCAUAAAAAAACCCACUUCUCGAAAACUUAUUUAGUUCAUAACGUUGAGUAAUACUUUCUCGACAUCUCUUGAAAUAUACUUAUCACUUUCCUUCACACCUAUUCGAUAUGACAUUGCUCUCUACUUACUGACUCCUUUUCUUAUGCGCGCAUGCGUUGUGUUAGAUAAAUGCGAUUUUGAAGAUGGACUGUGCGAUAUGGAACAAGUUAACUGGCGCGUUUGGUCUGGCUCAACACCCACAAAAAACACUGGCCCGGAUUAUGACCACACUACAUUUCUACCUGAAGGUUGGUUUGAGCGAUGCUAAUAGUCUUAAGCGUUUCAGUUUUCUUUUGUUUUCCUUUUCGCAAAGGUGCUAACAAUUGCUACAAACCAUCUCAUAAACAGCAAAAUGCACUAAAAAAGUGUAUAUUUCAAAACCCUGACAUAAGUAAAAUCAGUGACAACACUUGUAGAAAACAUUUACGAGGACAAAACCACUGAAAGUUAACGUUACGAUUGGCGCUUCAUGAUGAACUGAUAGAUCAAUCAUCAGUUGUUACUAACUAUACGUUCGUAUUAUGAGAACAUUUAAAAGGAAAAGCUUUGACUGCCCUUUUUGUUCUUUCUAAGUUUAUUAGUGUUUUUAUUUUAGUUAUCGUUUUUUUAUUUAUCCAUUUAUUUAUCAAGGAAAAUACUUAUUUUUGGAAGCAUCCGAUCACAAGGCAGACGAGACAGCCGUUCUGACCAGCAGUAUAAUUGGUCCUGGUAAAUCUACUUGUGUACAGUUUUGGUAUCACAUGAAAGGAAAAGAUAUCGGGAGUUUGAAAGUCUACAUCCAAACUAAUGAAACAAAAACGCUAGUUUGGAACACGACUGGUGAACAAGGUGGCAAAUGGAACUUUGGACAAGUUGGAUACAAAGGUGAUUCAAAAAGCUAUGAGGUAAGAGAGUCCUUGCAACAAAUAACUUAA